UCGUGAAGUUCAUGUUUCUGCUUAUCAAAGACCUUGGCCUGCUUAAACACACAUGCAUGUGAAACUAUGGUGAAUAUGGAAUAACAAGGGCACAGUUAUGGUUAAUGUGCUACAGGGGCUCCAAAUUAUUAUGUAGGCUGUAGAAAUAGGGCUUCUUUUUAUAAUUUGUGUCCAAUAGUAGGAUAUGGUGGAAUCCAAUUUUGCUGUUGUGAGUAAGAGUCUGAAUAGCUAUGGUGAGUAUGAUGUAGAAGUGAUUAUAAUGCAUAUUAAAGUAUGUGAGAAUAUAGUGCUUGUGAAUGAGGCCUCUGUCCAUCUGCCUGCUCAAAGCAGCUGAUUCCGGGGAUUCGUUUGUUCUGGCUGGAGAUAAAUGGACUGUGCACAUUUAACAAUAACAUAAAAGACAACAAUAGCAAAAGAAAGAGUCUGGACCCGUGCAUGCCGGACCUCAAACAGAGAGGGGAAUAAAACAGAGCACGAGUGUUUCCUCCUCCUGAAUGAACGUCACUUACAGCAGCAGCGCAUUCACGCUCCGCUGCUCCCCGCUGCUUUAAGUAUUCCCGCAAUAUUAGAGGAGUCAUGAAUAACAAUUAUUCUGAGGAGGUGUAGCGAGGCGAACGGACGGAGCACCGCACUCUGGAUCAGAGCGUCGGAUCGGGAAGAACAGAACCGAGACCUGGAGGAACAGGGCUGUGUAGGAGAAGCCAUUUGAGCUGGGGGAGAAAAACAAAACUAGUUUUUGCUCCGUGUGGUCAUGAGGAGUUGAGAAAGGAGCGCGUUUUUCUUCAGGCGAGCUUGUGUCGUGCUGUCGCGUGUCCUUCUGCUCUAAACGAGCUUGCGUUUUUUCGUCCAGAUGUUAGUGCACACCUAUUCCUCCACGGACCGCCAUGAUGGGGUACCGAGCCACAGUUCCAGACUGUCCCAGCUGGGUUCGGUCUCUCAGGGUCCGUACUCCAGCGCUCCGCCGCUCUCUCACACACCUUCCUCGGACUUCCAACCGCCGUACUUUCCGCCGCCGUACCAGCCGCUGCCGUAUCACCAGAGUCAGGACCCGUACUCACACGUCAGUGACCCGUACUCUCUGAACGCUCUUCACCAGUCCCAGCAGCACCCGUGGGGCUCCCGGCAGCGGCAGGACGUGGGCACGGAGAGCGGAGGUUUACUGCCGCAGCCUCGAGCCUCUUUGCCGCAGCUCUCGGGUCUGGACCCCCGGCGGGACUACUCGACCGUGCGCCGACCGGACGUGCUGCUCCACUCCACGCAUCACGGGCUCGAGGCGGGAAUGGGAGACGGUCUGUCCCUUCAUGGCCUGGCGCACGGCAUGGAUGAUGUGCAGGCUGUGGAGGACGCAAACAACGGGAUGCACAUCCUGGAUCAGUCAGUUAUUAAAAAAGUUUUCUGUGUCUCUCGCACAUUUCCAGUUCCACACAAGAGCGUCGCUUCUCUGAUGAUGAACAAAGACGGUCUAAUCGGCGGGAUCACCGUAAACGUCAACGAGGUCUUCUGCUCGGUUCCCGGCCGCCUGUCGCUUCUAAGCUCCACAUCCAAAUACAAAGUGACGGUUGGCGAGGUCCAGCGACGCCUCUCUCCGCCGGAGUGCCUGAACGCCUCUCUGCUCGGCGGGGUUCUACGGAGAGCGAAGUCGAAAAAUGGCGGCAGAUCACUGAGGGAAAAGCUGGAGAAAAUCGGCUUGAAUUUGCCCGCGGGGAGACGCAAAGCAGCGAAUGUCACUUUACUGACGUCUCUAGUAGAAGGAGAAGCUGUUCAUUUGGCUCGGGACUUCGGCUACAUUUGUGAAACUGAAUUUCCCACAAAGGCCGUGUCUGAAUAUCUGAACAGACAGCACACGGAUCCAAACGAACUGCACUCGCGAAAGAACAUGCUGCUCGCCACAAAGCAGUUGUGUAAGGAAUUCACAGACCUGUUGGCUCAAGAUCGCACUCCACUAGGAAACUCUCGACCUACAUCCAUCCUGGAGCCAGGAAUCCAGAGCUGCCUGUCACACUUUAGCUUCAUCACGCACGGUUUUGGUUCUCCAGCCAUCUGCGCCGCCCUCACGGCUUUGCAGAAUUACCUGACUGAAGCCCUUAAAGGCCUCGACAAGAUGUUCCUGAACAACCCCACCUCCAACCGACACACACCUGCAGAUGGACCCGGCUCCAAAGGAGUUGGAGAAAAAGAGGAAAAACACAGGAAAUGAACUGUGGAAAUAUGAUUUUAAGGAAGGAGAGUCAUUGGAGAUGUUCAGAGAUUCUAUAAACUCUAGUUUUAUGACAUUGCGUUUUACAUUCUGGAUUGAAGGUGGAGAGUGGACAACAGAUCACGGGAAACGAAAGGAACGAUACCAUAAAAGAGACUGGGGGACACGAGUCUGCUGUGACAUGUUCACCAUCUUCAUCUCAUUCGUGUGCGAGUGUGAAAAUAUUCGAGGAGUGUUUGUGAGUGUGUUUUCGUGUAUCAAAGUAUGACAUUUUACAUGAUGUUAGACGCAGGCAGUCCUUUACACACAUGCAUCCGAUACCUAAUAUUUGAGUGAUCAUCAUUAUAAUGGCCAGCACACAGGAGGACAGGUUUGUUGGGAUGCUGGUGGAGACACUAUCAACUACUAUAUUUAAUUAUACUUAUUAUACAAAAUUAUAGGUGCACAGUUGUGCAAUAUUAAGUACAUUCCAUUCAACCUUCACCAAAACUACACCUACAGUAAAACAAUCAUAUUCUGUCCGUAAAAGUAAAAAUGUUCCACAAAAGAGACAGAAUAUUCAAAUAUAAGAGAUUUUAUUGCAUUUAGUAACACAAGCGGUGCAUUUAAAUUGAGUGUUAUCCGAAAAGAGGCUAUUUGUGCUACAACAAAGCAUAAUGCUAUUUAUGGUUCAGUCCAUCACGUUACAUAUAUGACAGAUUCACCAUCUGACAGCCCAUAACAUUCACACAUACUUUACAUAAACACAGCAAUUCAUUAGAAUCAUUAGAACGUUCUCAGUCUGAUUGUUCAUAAAAAGAUUACAAGCCAAAUGAAAACACUGAGAUUUAACAUAUUCUUUAAAACACCUUGGGCAAUAUUUGAUAAUUUUGUAUUUUUUUGGUUGUAUUUCUUUGUAUUUGAAACUGCUAUUGCUUGCUGUCUUGGCCAUUUGGUUAUGAAAAUGUGAGGACAUUUUCCGUUAGUUUUGACAGCAAUCAUCUGACCAACUGAAUCAACAGUUUCAAUGACAAUUCAUCUAUGUAUGUAUUUUUUUAUAUGCAAACAUUUACACAGAGCUAAAUCAACAUAGGACAAAGAAAACACAUUUUAUGGCCUAAAUAUUGUUUAUUGGUUUUACAACCCUACAUCAGGUGAAUGGAAGCUUGCUUUGACCGAAAAAAAAAAGACUUUUGAAAAUAGACAUAACAAGGGUCCCGGAUUUGUGCGCUUAGAACUGAGGUGACCGCGCGUGCUGGAACACGGCCACGCGCACUGGCGCAGCCUUUUCGCGCACACCUCAGCCGUCGUGAGUGCGCACGCUGGAUUAUAGCCUGUCUGUCAAAGUAAAUAUCUGGUUAACUGUGUGAGGAAGGUUAUUUUAUUUAUGUUUGUAUAUAUUUAUUUAUGCUUAAUUUAAUGGGCGUUUGUACAUAGGAAUAGACUGGGUCGUCUAUCUGUGACUGUCUCUGUGCGUGGGUGAACGCUUGUUUUAGAUAGCAUCUUGUAUUUUUUUGUUUCAUGGAUACGGUGUUAUGUGGUGAAGGCUAGAAGUUGGUUCUUGUCUGGUGAUUUUCAUUUACCUCGAAAUAAGAAUAAAUAGUGUGUUUUAUUGUA